AUGCCAGACACGACAGGUCCGACGAAAGUGUGGACAACCCUCAUCACGAACAACGCCUAUCUUCCCGGCCUCCUAACCCUCGAGUACUCGCUCCGAAAAACCAAUUCCAAGUACCCCCUUCUCGUCCUCUACACGGACUCGUUCCCCGCCGACGGCCAUGCAGCCCUUGAUGAGCGGCGGAUAAUGAAGAAGCGCGUUCCGUAUCUUGUCCCCUCGAUCCACAAAGACUUCACGAAUGAUCCGCGGUUCUACGACUGCUGGAGCAAGCUCACGCCAUUCUCACUGCUUGAGUAUGAGCGCGUUGUACAAUUGGAUAGCGACAUGGUGGUCCUCCAGAAUAUGGAUGAGUUGAUGGAUCUUGAGUUGGAUUCUCCGGCUUUGAAUGGGUGUGAAAAUCGUGUGUUUGCAGCGAGUCAUGCAUGUGUGUGCAAUCCACUCAAGAAACCUCAUUACCCGAAUGACUGGAUUCCUAGUAACUGCGCCUUCACAUCUCAACACCCCACACCCGACCAAGCCCAAAAAACCGGCGCCCCAUCAACCACAGGCCUAGGCAUACCAAACGGCGGCCUACAAGUCGUCAAUCCCUCGCAAACAACCUACAACAAGAUUAUCGCGCAGCUCGCAGAAUCAUCGACAUCCAACUAUGAUUUUGCAGACCAGUCCCUUCUUUCCGACGUAUUUCACGGCCGGUGGGUUCCGCUGCCGUACAUUUACAAUGCGCUGAAGACGCUGCGGUGGAAGGGUGUGCAUGAUACUAUCUGGCGGGACGAGAAUGUGAAGAAUGUGCAUUAUAUUCUGAGUCCGAAACCAUGGGAUGAGGUUGGGGAGGAGAGCAACGAUGUGACACAUGAAUGGUGGAAGGAUUUGAAUGCGGAGAGAGUGAGGGAGGAGUUGGGGAGAGGUGUACAGGAUGGUUUUCAGGUUACUUAUCGGUGA